GGGAGGGGGAGACACAGAGAUAGGGCUGCCCCACCGGGCGUGAGGACAGAGCUGGAGGCUGGGGCCUGUGGGUUCUCCAAACCGCACCCCAACAUGGACGGGCAGCACUCGGAAAAGCCACACAGCCACACCACGGCUGAUAGGAUGUCAUCCACCACGUCCCAGAAUCCCAGGUCAGCCCAGCGCCAGGCUGGGACAUGUGGGAACCCAGAAGGGGACGCCCGAUGCCCUACUUCCCACAGAAUCUUCUCCCCUGUCUCCAGAUCCACGAAGGACCUAUCUUACAUGAAGGUACCUGCCCCCAGGGACAGACAGACACACCCCACCACCAUCCUGCUCUGCAAGUCACAGAGCAGCCAAGCUGCUCUGGUGCCCAAGGAGCACAAGAUGUUCAUGGAGGAAGCCUACAAUGCAGCCAUUUGUUUCAAGAUGCUCCGGGACCUGAAUAGUUCAGACACCCUUCGCUUGAAGUACAUCAUCAAGAAGAUCAAGAACAUGGCUUAUGGGGCCCCCAACCUGGUGCUGGAAACAAUCCAUGACUACUUUGUAGACAAUCCUGAGAUCUCCUCCCGACACAAGUUCCGGCUAUUCCACGUCCUGGAGGCAGUCAUCGAGUCCAGUGACUCCCUGGAGGAGGCCUGGGAGAAAUCGUUCAUGCAGCUGGCCCUGGAGAACAUGACCAAGUCCACGGAGCUGGAAGAGGCAUACCAGGACGCGGCCAGUAAUGUCCUGCUGGCCAUCUGUAGGCACUCGUGGCGGGUGGUGGCCCAGCACCUGGAGACCGAGGUCCUGACGGGUGUCUUCCCGCACCGCAGCCUCCUCUACGUGAUGGGCAUCCUGACCUCUACUGAGGCAAUCUUCAAGCAGGGAGACAAGGCUUGUUGGGAAGAGCACCUGGCCCAGAUGGCUGUUAAGUCGGUCCAGUUCCUGAACACAGAUGCGUGGCACAAGGCACUGCUGUUGGCACUCACCAAGCCUGACCAGACAUGCCAGGAGCAGCCCCCAGAGAAGGCUUUUCUCUUCAUCUACUAUGGGCUGAUCCUUCAAGCUGAGGACAACAGCACCACCGUCAGGGCACACCUGAGAAGCCUCCUGGACACAUCCCACCAGUGGCCCAAGCAGAGGGAGGGUAUCGCGCUCACCAUGGGACUGGCUGCCGUGCGCCACCUGGACCACGUCUGGGCUGUCCUGGAGCAGUUCGGCCAGAGCACGCCCAUUAAGUGGAGCCUCCAGAGCUUCUGCCUGCAGAACUCGGAGGACCCGCGGUGGAAGUGGGCCAGCAGCACCGUGCUCCUCGCAUACGGUCAGGUGGCAGCCAGGGCCAAGGCGCACAUCCUCCCGUGGGCGGACAACAUCUUGUCGCGGAUGGUCUUCUAUUUCCACUAUAGCUCCUGGGACGAGACCCUGAAGCAGAGUUUCCUCACCGCUGUCCUCAUGCUGGUGGGGGCCAUCAGCCGCAACGAGGGAGCCCACAGCUACGAGUUCGCCCAGAUCUCUGAGCUCCUCGAGUGUCUGAUGGUGCUGUUGGAGAAGGAACCCCGGGACACGCUGUGCACCUCAACUCGCCAGCAGGCCUUUUACAUCGUCGCCAGCCUCUGUAAGCUGAGGCCACCCCUGGACUUGGAGAGGAAGUCACGGGUUCUGUCCGUCUGCCUGCACAGCGUGUUGGCCCUGCCCCUGCUGGACGUCCUGGAGAAACACACCUGUCUCUUUCUAGAGCCGCCCAACGUACAGACCCUCUACAACAAGACUGCAGAGGCCCUCGACCAGAUGCUACAGAGUUUCAUCAUACAGAACCCCACGACCGACGAGCUGCACUUCCUGCUGUCGCACCUGUACCUCUGGCUGGCGUCGGAGAAGGCACACGAGCGGCAGCGGGCUAUGCACAGCUGCGUGGCCCUUCUCAGAUUCCUGAGCCAAAACCCCUACCUGGAUCCAAAAGAGGACUUCAAGCGGAUUGGGCAGCUGGUGUGCAUGCUGGGGAUUUUGUGCCAGGACCCGGACAGGGCCACCCAGCACUCCAGCCUGGAAGGAGUGGGCCACCUCUACCAGCUCCUGAGGUGCCAGAGAGCGACGGAAACUUGGAAAGUGGAGGUGCAGACCCCGGAGCAGCUUUCUCAGGCCCACGGGGAUGAGGCUCCCGUCUGGAGCUGCGGAGACCAGAAGACAGCUCCGCCGGCCUCUCAGGAGCCGGUGUUCCCAAAGGACGGCGUCUUCCAGCUCAGCAGCUCCCAAGUCAUCAAGGAGGUCAUGAAGCAUCUCACGGUGGCAGAGCUGACCGACGUCCUCUGGACAGCCAUCGAAGGCCUGGGCUCCACCAGCCCCUUCCGCGUUCAGGCAGCCGCCGAUAUGCUGCUCACCACCAUCAAGGAGCACGGGGCCAACCUGGAGACCGUUGCCAACCUGGGCCGCGCCAUCCACUUGCAGCUGUGCUCCGUCCGCGUCCCCCAGGCCAAGGCAGACGUCCUGCGCGCCGUCACCCUGCUAGCCCGGAGCCACACGCCGGAGCUGGUGGCCACCUUCCUGGACUUCUCCAUCCCCCUGGACAGCCAUGCCUUCCGCUUGUGGAGGGCCCUGGGAGCUGAGCAGCCCGUGAGCCGCCUGGUCCUGGCCAUGCUACUGGACUGGCUGCGGGAGCGGCCACUGCCUGCCGGGGCCAGAAACGGCAGCCCCCAGCCCAAGGACCAGCCCUGGCUGCGCUCGCUGGCUGCCAUGAGCACCCUGCACGAGCUGCAGUUCGCCCGGGAGUUCCAGAAGGCGGUGCGGGAGGCCCACCCCGAGCUGCUGCUGGCCCUUCUCACCCAGCUGCACUACGUCUUGGAGCUGAACCUGCCAGAGGGGCCCCGGCCCGGCCAGGAGGCCCCAGAGACAGCCACACCCAGCCCGCAGAGCAUGUCCCUGGAAGCACUGAAAAGCCUGCUGUCCACCACGGGGCACUGGCAGGACUUCGCGCUCCUGGAGCUGCAGGACGCCUGGAAGCUCUUCACCACCAUCCACACCUACCCGCAGGGCGUGGGUCUCCUCGCCAGGGCCAUGGUGCAGAACCGCUGCCAACAGAUCAAGGCAGUGACCAGCCGGCUGCUGCCCAGCCUGCAGAGCAAGGAGGAGCGGGAGAGGAAGGUGGCCAUCCUCAUCCUCACCGAGUUCCUCUACAGCCCCACCAUGCUGGAGGUGCUCCCCAGACAGGCUGUCCAGACCACGCUGGCCCGAAGCCUCAGGGACACCAGCCCCGAGGUCCGCGUGUUGAGCCUGCAGGGCCUAGGAAACAUCCUUUUCCACCCAGAGAAGGGAGGCCUGCUCUGCGGACAGCUGCCGCCCUUCCUCGACGGCUUCUUCCAGAACAGCGAGCAGGUGGCUGUGCAGCUCAUGGGCACCGUGUCUGACGUGCUGCACCGCCUGGGCACACACGGCGCAGCCACCCAAAGCCUCAGGGUCGCCAUCUACGCCCGCUCCUUCUUCGACGACGAGCGGGCUGGGAUCCGGGCGGCAGCCAUGGCGCUGUUCGGGGACCUGGUGGCCACCGUGGCCGGCAGGGAGCUGAGCGGCCUGCGGGCCCAGGUACACCAGAGCAUGGUGCCCCUGCUCCUGCACCUGAAGGACUGCUGUCCGGCUGUUGUCAAGCAGGCCAAGUUCGCCCUGUACCGCAGCGCCCUGCAGCUCCGGUGGAGGCUUCCGCACACCCUCUUCUGCACGCUGGCCUGGGAGCGGGGCCUCAGCACCCGCCACUUCCUCUGGACCUGCCUGAUGACCCGCAGCCAGGAGGAGUUCAGCAUACACUUGGCGCAGGCCCUCAGCUACCUGCACAGCCAGCACCGCCACAUCAAGACCUGGGCGGCGCUCUUCAUAGGCUACACCACCUGCUACCACCCCCAGGCCGUGUCCCAGAUGCUGAACAGCGUCGACACAAACCUGCUCUUCUCUACUUUCGAAGAUCUCAAAAAGGACCCAGAGCCUGGCAUCCGGGAAUUUGCCGCCAGACAGUGCUCCUUCCUCCAGAAGGUGGCAGCCGGACCGCAGUGACCUCCACCGCCCUUCCUCAGCCUCCUGCCCCUCCCUCGUGCCCACCGACUCAGCCCUGCCCCACUCACACAGAGCUUGGUUGCAUAACAUUUUCCAUUUGAAAGAAAGAUCUAGAUUCAACAAAGAAGCGUCCCACCUGUCGGCUCCCUGCCCACCACCCCGUGGCCCCAGAGGACGGAGGCAAGCUCAGGGGACACUGGCAGGCCUUGGGGACAAGGGGGCAGCCCAGGUCUCCCAGAGACAAACCGUGAAGUCCGUGCAGGGUCCUGCAAAUGACAGGUUCUCUCUCCCUUCUCGGCCUUGGUCUCCCCACCUAUGAAAUGGGCACGUGGGUCCUUCCCUGGCCUGCUGAGGUUCCUCCUAGGGACUCACCUCCAGGCUGUCCCUCUUAGGACCCGCCAGACCAGCCGGCCCCCCGCCAGCCUUACCCGUCAGGCGCCCACACCAACCCCUCCACACCUUUGCUCAGGAAGCUCUUCCCACCCGGUGCACCUUCCCCACGCACUCCCACCUGGGGACCCCCACACCCCCCUUCUCCGAGGAUGAGCCCCGGGCAGAGGGAGCCCCCACCCCGGCCCCUCCUCAGCCCUGGGGCCUGGGCCACCCGUCCCUUGCAGGGGACACGCUCCCAGGCUCUCACCCCACCCCACCCCCCAGAAACUGUAAG